CGACGGGAUGGCGGAAGCCGGUUUCGUUCAUGGCUCCUGUCGGUGAUGUGUCUAGCCUGAUUACAACAUCUUCUAUUGUCCGCAAUCUUUCCAUCACCACUCAGAAACUCUCCCAUCACGCCACAUAUUAUACUGCAGCGUCGAGCCGUGAAACCCCCACAAGUUUCUUUCACCAUGGUAGUUCUUUUGCCAGAAGAGAUCAUCCGCAUGAUCACAGAGCAGUGCUCCCUGAAAGGCCAGGCUUCACUAGCACGGUCCUGUGUUCAACUUCAUGCCAUAUGCAAUUACAUCCUAUACCGCAACGACGUUCAGAACCACGGAUGUUCUUCUGUGUUUCAUGCUAUUGCCUGGUGUCACGAUCAGGCCCUUGCCUUAAGAACUCUUGCGGCAGCCGAGGCGGGUGGAGCAGACUUCAGGCAGUGCCAUGAUGCUCGGAAUCAUCAUCCCUUAUCCUUCCACCACUCCGACACGACGCUCCAUUCCCCUAUCCAUCUAGCAGCAAGGCGGGGACUGGAUGACAUUGUCUCCUUUCUCGUCAGCCACGGGAUCCCCCCGGACGGACCGGAGGGCGUAUGCAGAACGCCACUCGCGGAAGCCAUUUUACACAACCAGGAGUCAACCGCGAUACUACUGGUGCACCAAGGGGCUUCUGUCGGGCUUCAGCCUCCGGAGUUCGACGCAUACCGCGCUGCUGUUCGUCAGGGCCUCACAGAGCUCACAAAGAUCAUAGUGAAGGCAAAGGACAUAAACGUCAACUCUGAAGAUGGGUACGGUUGUACAGCCUUGAUGUUGGCUGUUUGCCACAGGAGGAAACGGGUAGUUCGCGUCCUCCUCGACCUCGGGGCGGACGCGAAGGCAGCGUUGCGGGAUUUUUGCCAGAAUCACACCUUCGCUUCUCUUUUGUGGACCUUGGAAGCGGGUUCGUCAGCCUUGCGGAAGUCUCUAGGCCUCAAAGGUCUUCUCGAUCUCGUUGUUUCCGUCGCCACGCAACAGGUGUCUCCGAUUCAAAAGAGCCAGCAAGUAACUGCGUUGCAAACACUGCUAGACCUUCUACAAAAGGCAAGAUCUGGUGCGUCUUCAGGACCUGUGCUUCCAACCGACGAGCUAGAUUGCUUCCUGGAUGCUCUCUUACAGAGGGUGCUAUCAGUGGAGCGUGCAGACGCAGCCAUUGCAUCAAUGCUGCUGCAGCAUGGAGCCCGAAUUCGCGUGGGCAUUUUCUUGCAGCUGUUGGGAAUCCUCAACUCGACCGUCUUCGCCAAGGAUAAUUUACGCUGUCUACGUCGGCAUCCGAGACUCCUUCAAAGUUUUGACUUUGUAUACUCUUACUGCGCCAAUCUCCCGGCUGCAGGAAGGAGUUUCACGGUCGACUACUUCAUCGAGAACGUACCGGACCAAGCUGUUCGCCUCGUGUACGAGUUGAAGCGGCUCGACUUGCCACUUACAGCCAGGGGAGCCCAGAGGAUGAGUCUCAGAGCAGCUGGAGAAGGGACCCGGGAAGCACAGUCCGGCACUACGGCUUAG